UACUGUCCAGGUUUCACAGGCAUGCAACAAUGAGGUCAGCACAAUGGCUCUGCAGUCCUUUAGUUUGUUAGCCAGUCUAAAACCUCUUCUCUCCCACACUUUACUUUGGAACUUCCCAAACACUGAACUAGCUCUGGCAAUGUGUGUGUCGACACUGGAAAGUAUACUGCCAAGGAAAUGGCUCUGACAGUUAAAUGAAGCCAAGAAAACACAUGAAUAGAGUGUUAUUAUAUAUUCUGGGAAGAGCAUAUAAAAAAAUAAUUGAUCAUCUGGAUUUAGUAACUAGUCAUAAUGAAGAAAAUUAGUCUUAAGACCUUUCGGAAGUCUUUCAACUUGAAUAAAAGUAAGGAAGAGAAUGAUUUUGUGGUGGUACAGCAACCAUCACUAACCACUGACUUUGGAAAAGAUGAUUCCUUGUUUAGUAGCUGCUAUGGUAAAGACUUGGCCAGCUGUGAAAUCAAUAGUGAAGAUGAGAAAAGUGGGAAAAAUCGAUCUAAAAGUGAAAGCUUAAUGGGUACAUUAAAAAGGCGACUUUCAGCAAAGCAGAAGCAGAAAGGCAAGGGCAGCCCACCAUCUGUGAACUCUGCAGAUGAGGACACUUUUUCUUCUUCAUCAGCCCCAAUAGUCUUUAAAGAUGUAAGAGCUCAAAGACCAUUAAGGUCAACAUCCCUUCGUAGUCAUCAUUAUAGUCCUACUCCAUGGCCUCUUCGUCCAACAAAUUCAGAGGAGACCUGUAUCAAAAUGGAAGUAAGAGUCAAGGCUUUGGUUCACUCUUCUAAUCCAAGCCCAGCACUGAAUGGCGUUCGAAAAGAUUUUCACGAUUUGCAGUCUGACAGUGUGUUCCAAGAACAAAACAGUGCAUUAAAACGUACAGAAUCUCAAAAUGGAGACCUGCAUCUUCACAUUGAUGAACAUGUGCCUGUAGUUAUUGGACUUAUGCCUCAGGACUACAUUCAGUAUACUGUGCCUUUAGAUGAGGGAAUGUAUCCUUUGGAAGGAUCACGUAGUUAUUGUCUGGACAGUUCCUCUCCCAUGGAAGUUUCAGCUAUUCCUUCUCAAAUAGGAAGGAACUCAUUCCAUGAGGAUGAGAGUCAGGUAGACCAGGAUAUAGUAGUUGCCCCAGAUAUCUUUGUGGAUCAGGCAGUUAACGGCUUGUUGAUUGGCACCACGGGAGUCAUGUUGCAAAGCCCAAGAGUUAAUCACAGCGAUGUCCCUCCACUCUCACCAUUGCUACCUCCAAUGCAGAAUAAUCAAAUCCAAAGGAACUUUAGUGGACUUAAUGGCACAGAUACACAUGUGUCUGAAAGUAUGCGUUGCCAUUUGAAUUUUGAUCCCAACACUGCUCCUGGAGUUGGAAGAGUUUAUGACUCUGUACAAAAUAGUGGCCCUAUGGUUGUGACAAGUCUUACAGAGGAACUGAAAAAGCUUGCAAAACAGGGAUGGUACUGGGGACCUAUUACACGUUGGGAGGCAGAAGGAAAGCUGGCAAAUGUGCCCGAUGGUUCUUUUCUUGUUCGCGAUAGUUCUGAUGACCGUUAUCUAUUAAGCUUGAGCUUUCGAUCCCAUGGUAAAACACUUCACACUAGGAUUGAACAUUCAAAUGGUAGGUUUAGCUUUUAUGAACAACCAGAUGUAGAAGGGCAUACUUCUAUAGUUGAUCUAAUUGAACAUUCAAUCAGGGACUCUGAAAAUGGAGCUUUUUGCUACUCACGGUCUCGGUUGCCUGGUUCUGCAACCUACCCCGUCAGACUGACCAAUCCUGUAUCACGGUUCAUGCAGGUACGUUCAUUGCAGUACCUGUGUCGUUUUGUUAUACGUCAAUACACCAGAAUAGACUUGAUUCAAAAACUGCCUUUGCCAAACAAAAUGAAGGAUUAUUUACAAGAAAAGCACUACUGAAAGUUUAUGGGAAUCUUGCAUCUUGCACUUUGGGAACAAGAAAAAAGAAAUUGAAAUACGGUUUACAAACUUUCAUUGCUAUCAGAAUCUUUUGCUGCCAUAACUAUUUCAGUUUUAUGUGUAAACAAAAGUAAUGCAUUGUUUUGUUUGGGAAUGGGGAGAUGUUGGCAAGGUGUCUUACAGUUAUUUUUUUGUUUUUUAGAGGGAAAAUCUUGAGGUUUUUAGGAGUGUGAAAUCUUUCAUCAAUGUGCAGAAUAAUCACAAUGUGAAUUAUCAGAUUACACUUGUUUUUU